AUGUGCAAGAUCGGAUCCUUUCCGUGCAACUACUUGGGUACUAAAGUGGGGGGGCGCAGCAAUGGUGUUGGAGAUUGGAAGUUUUUGGUUGAAAAAGUUUCAAACAAAGUGGCAAGCUGGAAGAAGAGACAUCUUUCGCUGGCAGGACGAAUUACUAUAGUCAAGUCGGUGUUGCAAUCCAUCCCGGUUUAUCAAUUAUCCCUCGCUUUCAUACCUAAAGCGGUGAUUAAGGAACUUAAUUCACUGUUCUCAAAAUUUUUGUGGGGAGGAGGUACACAGACGUGCGGUAUCACCUGGUUUAAGUGGAAUGCCUUGUGCCUCAACAAGGAUUCAGGAGGUCUGGGGUUUCGGAAUAUUGAUUGGUUUAAUCAGGUGCUGUUAAGUAAGUGGCUCUGGAGGUUUUUGGGGGAGGGGAAAGCUCUGUGGGUAAGGGUGAUCAAAUCGCUUUAUGGGGAGCUAGUGUGGGGGGAAGGGGGAGAAUGUUCGGUGGCGGGAAGAGGUGGACAGAAAGGGUGGUGGCAAAAAAUUGUAGAUAAGGGAGGAGGAAUGAGAGAUCGGUGGUUCAUCAAUAAUUUGAGGCGAAGAAUUGGGGAUGGGCUUGAGAUCAGCUUCUGGGAGGAUGUGUGGGUGGUAGACAAACCCCUUAAGUUUGUGUUUCCGAGAUUGUAUAAUUUGAGCCUAAACAAGAAAAGGCUGGUUGGUGAAAGCGGGUUUUGGGAGGGAGGGUCGUGGGUGUAA